GAAGCCAUAUUGAUCUCCUAUUAAUAGAAUAACAAAUAUGUACACUGUAUCGGUUGACCGGGUAUGUUAUUGUGCAAAAAUGGAUGACAGUUAGUCAUUAGCAAUGGCUAAUAAGGAAUUUUAUGAAAUAUGGACAUAAUAAGUCGUAAACGAUAUAGAGAGAAAACAGUCAAACUUCAGAGAGUGUUAUUUUUCCUCAACUAUUGCUGCAAAAGUGACAGUGUGUUUUAAAACUGAAAAUGGAUCCACGCCAAAACAAUAACUAUGAAAGUAUAACACAAAACGGGGCUCAAAACUGUGCUAUAAACAAUGAUCAUGUGACUUACCCGCCCUAUAAUGGCGUCAACGGCCACGCGCCUCCAUGCGGCCCGGACGCCCCAUACGAGGACGCUCCACCACCGUACACAGCAGUGGCAUCAUCCCCCGAGGGGCAGGGACAGUUCCACAACAUCGCUCAAAUUGGAAACACCCCUAACGGAAACGGAGCGGUCCAGCCACCCAGCUACGGAGUCGCUCUAAACCGCUAUGACGGUUGGUCCAACAGUUUGUGCGGCUGUUUCAACGAUACACACCUAGCAACGUCCACGUGCAUACUUCCAUGCGUCACCUUCGGACGCACCGCAGAGACUGUCGGCGAAUGUGACUGUAUUCUCGGAUCCCUGGCGUUCAUGGUGCCGGUGUUCAACGUGGUGCUAUGGUCACGUGUCCGGGGGAAGGUGCGUGAAUCCAAGGGAAUUCCGGGAGACGUGCGGGGGGACUGUCUCAGAAUCCUCCUCUGUCCAUUUUGUGCAUUGAUGCAGGAAGCUCAGGAAGUACUUCCGCGGGAGCCGUCAGACCCGCGCAUGCGCAGAUACUGAAUUAAAUACAUUUGAUAGACUGGCAGUUGAAAAGAGUCGGUUUGUGAUGCUGGCCGUCCAUAUUUUGUAAAAUAAUGUCAGAAUGUGAGGGACACGGAGUCUGAUCAUGUGGUGGUUGGAGACGAAGGUUUUCAAGUGACUCUUGCAUGGUACAAGUGUCUUUCAUGUUACACAGUGAAAACAGAAAAAAUGUAUUUUUUUUUUUACAAAUUAGCGUUUUAGAACAAUUCAUGUGACAUAUAAAUGGAUUAUAUUCCGUCAAUAAAGUAUUGACGCAGUUUAAUAUAAUCUGAUUGAUAACGAAUGUUUUUGAGCAUUCAUCUGAUAAAAUCUUUUUUCGUUAGAUUUGCUCGCAAUCUUAGUACACCAGGGCAUGUUACAAAGGAUGUUUGGUUUACUCUCGUAAAAUAAUGUUGCUCUAAACUUUAAUAUGAUUUUUUGAAAUAUUUGAAUUUUUGACCUUCAAAACCGUUUUUGCCCUUAAACUAGGCCACUUGAUCACUUCGUAUUAUUACUCUAAUAUACUCGAUACGAAAAACUGUCGACAUCUUGAAACAGCUGAACGUAAAACUAAAUAGUAAACAUAAAAUUCAAAUGUAGACAACUUUUGUUCUGUAAGUAUGCUUUUUACUAAUAUUUCGCUUACAAUCCGUCAAGUUCACAUGUUUCUGUGGCAGCAAGAAACAGCUGUACAACAGAUCGAUGACAUCCUGCUACCGCCGGAUUUAUGUUUCAUUUCAAUUAUAUUUUGGUUUAUUCAUGCUCCUAGAAUUGAUACUAUUUCUAACCCUCAUGUUUGAUUAUGUAUCCCAAAGUUAACAAAAAGGAUUGUACAUAUUUUAGGCCUUUAUUUUUUUGCACACAAAGUUGCAAAUUUAUUUAAGUAAUCCGGCCCACAAAUAAGCGAGUUCUCUGCAAGCCCCAUUGACCUUAAUGUUAAAUGUUAUGCCACAUGACCCCAUGUACUAUGUACUAUGUACUUGUCGUAUCAUUUGAAAGAGCAUUUCUUGCUGUUUUCUAACAUGUAAAUUAAAUUUAAAAAAUACACACA